CACAACCAAGGCGUGAAAACAAAACAAUAUUGGCGGAAACUGAUUUUUCCUCGGGGAAAAUAAAUCAAUAUGUGAUUUUGCCGAUUUUUCCGAAUUCCUUUUGCUGUAUUGAGUUGGUUUGGUUUCUCACCAGUUUGUUACUGCUUCAAGAGCGUCGCGUUGUCGAGAAUCAACCUGGCAAUCCGUUUUUUAAAGGUUGCUUAGCAACACCUUUCCAAAGAUGAAGUAAAGCAAAUUUCCACCAAUCAAGUCGUGAAAAUGGAGUACGCAUCGUUCGUUCAGAAUCUGGAUAAAGUAAGCCCAAACCGUGAUCGCUGUCCCCCGGAAUCGCCUUACAGUCGAGAGUUUGAACGGCGGAUGGGAGCGCUAGUGCUUAACUUUGACCUCGAUUGUAAUUCGACCAGAACCUCGGAAAUCGCCACCGAAAACGAUGGAUUUUCAAGUGAAGAAAACGAUGGAGACAGCGGAGUAGGUUCCUUCGAUGAGGACAGAGACGACAGAGAAGCCACGGGAGAAGCUAACGAAGCAAUCUCGUCGCGGUAAACACAAAGAUGCCCACAAAGUUAAAUUUCGCGCGUCGCGGAGAACGGACGAUUUGUUAGUAGCGCGUGUGUUAUCCACAGAUUUGGGAAUUGAUAAAAAAAAAACAGUGCUAUUAGACCACAAUAUGCAUCUAAAUAACAACGAAAGCAGAAAAGUUCAAAGUUCAAGUGAUCAUAACGAACAUAACUACCUGAAAAUCCUCGAUCAAGGUGCUAAUAUAUCGGUCGAUUAUGGUGAGAUUGAACUUCCAGAGUGGUAUGAUGAUGCAAAAUAUCGAAGAGGUCAAGCGCUGUUCAAGCGCAACUUCUUCGCGAUGUUCGUGGGGAAGCUGUGCGGAUUACUGGCGAUCAUAACGGUUCCCUCGAUAUUGCGUGUGUUGGUGCACACAAACCAAUCUUCGGAACCGCGAACCGCUUAUCAACGCUAUUUAAGCACCAUUUACCACACGCUCGAAUGGUACUACGAGGAUAUGAAACCCAACUCCAGGGCAUGGAAGUCGGUCACCUUUGUUAGAAAAACGCAUGCUGGCGUCAGCAGACAUGCAUCCAGCGUUGAUUCCAAAAUGAUCAUCUCACAGCGAGAUAUGGCAAUCACACAGUUUGGCUUUAUAGGAUGUACCAUAAUCAAUUAUCGUAUGCUCGGCAUACAAUGUGACCAAAAGGAUAUGGAUGCUUUCGUGCACUUUUGGCGCGUUAUAGGACACAUGAUGGGAAUCGAGGAACGAUUUAAUGCUUGUACCGACUGUUUUGAGACAACUGAACAACGUAUGCAGGUGAUCGCCAAAGAGAUAUUACGACCAGCCCUGCUACAUCACACGGAACAGUUUGUGCACAUGGGCAAAGCACUGAUCGAUGGUCUCUGGUGCUUUAACCCAUUCAUCGAGUUCGACAGCUUCCUGUAUAUGACCAUGCGUCUUAUCAAUGUUCCCGGUUACCACUACUUGGACACAGAUACCGUGUUUGUGGGGGAUGACCUAGAAUCGAGCAAAGUCCGUCGUUACGAACAUUUUAAUUACUAUGCGCGUUUUGUCCUGUUCGUUAUGACGUAUUUACACUCGUUUUUACUGCAAAUAAGCAUCAUCAGGUGGUAUUUUAAUUCUCAAAUGAUUCUAGCCCGAUUUAUAAUCACUUACUUUCCAUUCCUCGCGUUUUUCAAGUUUGGCAUACGUGACUCAUACGUACGCAUUCUGAAAUAAGUGACAGAUUUCUACUAAUAUAAUUAGUAAAAAGAUAGAUUACCUCAUCAAAAUUAAAAAUGCAACAUGAAUGUAAGUAACACCUGUAUACUGUUGAUGUGCAAUGAAUGAUUUAGUUAUAAACAGCCAUUCAGAAACACCACCGCCAAUUCUGUAUCAAUGAGGAUAAGACAAACUAAAUUUACAGUUUAUCAUCAUUAUGCAUAUAAUUUCCCAACCUAUUGCUGCUGUUGUUUGAUGGCGAGAAAGAGAUUAAACAAAUUGUACAACGCAUA